UGGGCCACGCGGAUGGGUAGCACUGCUGCCCGGCCCUCCGCAUCCAACCGCGGCCCCUGGGCGUGAGGGCUCAGUCCCGACUCAGAGACCCCCCCCAAAGCCCCACGCCGCCGUCCCAUCCCAACGUCACCAUGGAUGAGAGCUUCCGAGACCGGACGGCUUUCAUCCGCGGCGCCAAAGACAUCGCCAAGGAGGUGAAGAAGCACGCGGCCAAGAAGGUGAGCAAGGGCAUGGACCGCGUGCAGGACGAGUACACCAAGCGCUCCUACAGCCGCUUCGAGGAGGAGGACGACGACGAGGACUACGCGCCGCAGGACGGCUACUACCGGGGUGGUGAGGGGGCGGCCGAGGAGGAGGGGGCUUCCAGCGAUGCCACCGAAGGGCACGACGAGGAGGAUGAGAUCUACGAGGGCGAGUACCAGGGCAUCCCGAGGCAGGACUCGCUGAAGGGCGGCGAGAGGCUGGGGGGCGAGGUGACCCCCGGGGCCUUCGAUGACAGCGAGGGGCAGCGGCGCAAGGACAAGGAGGAGCUGGCGCAGCAGUAUGAGCUCAUCCUGCAGGAGUGCGGCCACGGGCGCUUCCAAUGGAGCCUCUACUUCGUGCUGGGACUGGCGCUGAUGGCCGACGGCGUGGAGGUGUUCGUGGUGGGCUUCGUGCUGCCCAGCGCCGAGAAGGACAUGUGCCUCUCCGACUCCAACAAGGGCAUGCUGGGCUGGAGCUUCCAGAUGGGCUCGGCGUACCAGUUCCACAGCUGGAGGGUCUUUGUCCUGGUGUGCGCCUUCCCCUCCGUCUUCGCCAUCGGAGCGCUGACCACCAUGCCCGAGAGCCCCCGCUUCUACCUGGAGAAUGGCAAGCACGACGAGGCCUGGAUGGUGCUGAAGCAAGUCCACGAUACCAACAUGCGGGCCAAGGGCCACCCUGAGAGGGUCUUCUCGGUCACCCACAUCAAGACCAUCAAGAGGGAGGAUGAGCUGAUUGAGAUCCAGGCGGACACGGGCGCGUGGCACCGCCGCUGGUUGGUGCGCUGCCUCAGCCUCUCGCAGCAGGUUUGGAGCAACUUCCAGCAGUGCUUCGCGCCCGAGUACCGCCGCAUCACGCUGAUGAUGAUGGCUGUGUGGUUCACCAUGAGCUUCAGUUACUACGGGCUGACGGUGUGGUUCCCAGACAUGAUCAAGCACCUGCAGAACAUCGAGUACGCCUCACGCACCAAACUCUUCACCCGCGAGAAGGUCCGGCACUUCACCUUCAACUUCACCCUGGAGAACCAGAUCCACCAGGGCGGGGAGUACUUCAAUGACAAGUUCAUUGGGCUGAAGAUGAAGUCGGUGACGUUUGAGGACUCGCUGUUUGAGGACUGCUACUUCGAGGACAUCACCUCCAGUAACACCUUCUUCAAGAACUGCACCUUCAUCUCCACCGUCUUCUACAACACAGACCUCUUCGAAUACAAGUUCAUCAACAGCCGCAUGCUGAACAGCACCUUCUUGCACAACAAGGAGGGCUGCCAGCUGGAUUUCAGCGACGACAACAACGCCUACAUGAUCUACUUUGUCAGCUUCCUGGGCACCCUGGCCGUGCUGCCUGGGAACAUCGUCUCAGCGCUGCUCAUGGACAAGAUCGGCCGCCUCCGCAUGCUGGCCGGCUCCAGCGUGAUGUCCUGUGUGAGCUGCUUCUUCCUCUCCUUUGGGAACAGCGAAUCUGCCAUGAUUGCACUGCUCUGCCUCUUCGGUGGCGUCAGCAUCGCCUCCUGGAACGCCCUGGAUGUGCUCACUGUGGAGCUCUACCCAUCCGACAAGAGGACGACGGCGUUUGGGUUCCUCAAUGCUCUCUGCAAGCUGGCAGCCGUGCUGGGCAUCAGCAUCUUCACCUCCUUCGUGGGCAUCACCAAAGCUGUGCCCAUCCUGCUCGCCUCCGCUGCCCUGGCCCUGGGCAGCUCCCUGGCCCUCAAACUGCCCGAAACUCGUGGGCAGGUCCUGCAGUGAGGGAGGGGGGGGGA